AUGGUAAGAUGCAAGUGUUUUCAUAGGAAGACCUUAGCUGAUGAGUUUUCCGUGGAGAAUUUUAUUGGGAACUUUCAGUUUGGCAAAAUGUAUCGUGGAAAGAUUGAAUCGCGAGCAGUGACCGUGAAAAUAUUGGAGAAGUCAGAGAUAUAUUAUCAUUCCCCCGGAGUGGGAGAAUUGACGGAUGAGCUAACUUUACUUCGGCAUCCGGAGUUCAUCCUACAUCCUACUAUGGUGAAGUUGGUAGGCUACUGUUGUGAAGAUGAGAACCUCGGUGUGGUGUAUGAUCUUGAUUCCUUGGAUACUGCUCAAAACUUACUGAAAGAAGAUAGCUUCACAUGGAUGCGGAGAAUUAAGGUUGCUCUUGGAUUUGGUUGUCUCCUUGAAUUUCUUCACUCCACGGAUGGACGGGAUCUACCUUAUGCAGUCCGCAAUAUACAUCCAAGUCAUAUAAUGGUUGACAAGGAAUACAACCCAAUAUGGUAUGAGUUUGGAAUGUUUACUGGUGGAAUUCUUCCUCUGCCACAAUACAAGAAGCUUUUAAAUCUUAUCAGAUGUUACGGCUAUAAUGAAUUCCAUCCUGAAGGUAUCUAGUUUCAACUCUGCGUG